AUGAGUGAGUCAGGCAAAUCUUCCUGCAUGGAGAACCCUGGCGACCUCCCAGAGCCUGGUGACCCACAGCAGGGUCACAGAGGAGGAAAGAACAGUUGCUUGUCAGCCUUCAAAAGGCACAUAAUUAUUGGGGCAAACUCAGAGGCCAUGGUACACUGCCUACGAGACAAGACUGAAGCAGAGAUUCUGGCUAUCAACCAGAUCUUCAAGUUGAUCCCUGCUGUGGUGGAUGGGACGUUCCUACCUAGGCAUCCUUGGGAGCUGUUGGCCUCUUUGGACUUUCACACUGUUCCCAGCAUCAUUGGUGUAGACAGUGACGAGUGUGGCUGGGGAAUCCCCUUGAUGAAAGGCUUUGAUCAUGUCAUUAAGAACAUAACCAGAGAGACACUGCCAGCUGUUCUGAAGAGCACAGCAGCACAGAUGAUGCUGCCUCCUGAGUGUAGUGACCUGCUAAUGGAUGACUACAUGGGGCACAUUGAGGACCCCCAGACCCUCCAAGCACGGUUCACAGAGAUGAUGGGAGACUUCAUGUUUGUGAUCCCUGCACUCCAAGUAGCACAUUUUCAGCGCUCACAGGCUCCUGUCUACUUCUAUGAAUUCCAGCACCAGCCCAGCUACAUCAAGCAUAAGGAUGUCAGGCCAUCCCAUGUGAGGGCUGACCAUGGUGAUCAUGUUGCCUUUAUCUUUGGCUCCUACUUCUGGGGCUUGAAAGUUGACUUCACUGAGGAGGAGAAGCUGCUGAACAGGAGGAUGAUGAAGUACUGGGCCAACUUUGCAAGACAUGGGAACCCCAACAGCAAUGGUCUACCCUACUGGCCUGAGUUGGUCCAUGAUGAGCAGUACCUGGAGCUGGACAUACAUCCUGCUGUGGGCCGAGCCCUGAAGGUCAGAAAGCUGCAGUUCUGGAUGAAGACUCUACCCCAGAAUAUCCAGGAGCUAAAGGGGGCUCAGAAAAAGCACACAGAGCUUUAG